CAAUGCAAAUUACAAUUUUAUGACUACCUAUGGAUAUUGCAUGUAAUCAAAUUAACGGAACUCACUUAACCUGACAUUUAAAAACCAUAGCAUGUCUGUACAGCUGACUUGGUUUGUUGUCACGGGGCUUACUGCAAUGUAAUAAAUCAGUGUCGUUCAAUCAUUAAUGUCGUGAUGCCAUUAUUUCCGUAGUACGACGACGUCUAGGGUCAUCAUUAGUUUCUUUCAAUUCUAUGUGCAAAUCUUCACGGUCGCUGAGUUUCGAUUACGCAGUUAAGGCAAACGACAAGUAUGUUGACGGUCGUUUGUGUAAUGCCUUUACUAAUCGGGAAAUUCGUUCGCCGGUGGGCAGAUUGGUAGCUCGGUGACUGGCUGACAGUUCGCGUUUAGCGGGCACCAUGUCCGCACGCCACCGAUUAUUUCAACCUUGCAUACUUACAAUGUGCUAAGUGUACACAACAUUUGCUUGCUUCGUCAUGCGACAGACUACGUAAACAAAGGAGCCUCCCGCGCUCGAAUGACUCCUCACAAGUCACUAUCGUUGUCAAAUGUGUAAACAACGCGUUCUUUCAGUGUAGUGGUCGUACUGUGUGCAAUUUCAUAGAUGAAAAAAAAACGUUAACCUCGUUGUGAUUUACAAAGUUACCAUUAAGCAGAGGACUGUACAAUUUGUCAUAUUGUAUAUUCACCAGAUGAUGAAGAGGAUUCAGGGGUAGGAGUGGCCCGACAUGAACUCAGACGUGCACCGUCAUCAAGCACAUCCGCCGCUUGCUCAGCACGGCGUGCACACAGGCGCGCAAGGUGUCGCAUGCGGGUGGUAUUCGGCGUCGGCUGCACCAGCGCCCACCGCGCCGGUACGCCUCAAGCGCUCCCAGCCGCCGCACCAACUACCGUCCGGAGGUGGAGUGAGCGGCAGUAAUGGGCCACUCGCGCCUCUUUCGCCCACCGCAUUGCAGAAUUCCGUACCACAAAAUAACGUGAUGUCAUCUUCGGUGCGGGCGCCCGCACCGCUCGGCCCCAACUCUUCGGCCAUGCACACGUCACAAACCUCGCCUGUGGUCAUAUCGAAAGGAAGUAGCGACGUUCUGGUGAACUCUACCGCUCAAAACCCACCGCCCGCUGGCAACAGGCUCGUCAACAUGACCCAGUGGCCAUGGCAUUACGGCGCCAUAUCCCGCGAGCGAGCCGAGGCUUUGUUGUCCGGCUCACCGGACGGAGUAUUUCUGGUACGCGAGAGCACCAACUUCCCCGGUGAUCACACGCUGUGCGUCCGCUACCGGGGACGAGUGGAGCAUUACCGAGUGAAAUGGGCGACCGCUCCUGAUAGUAAUACGCAACGCCUGACCAUUGACGAUGAAGAAUUUUUCGAUAACAUGACUGAUUUAAUACAUCAUUAUUUACAAGAUGCCGAUGGACUAUGUACGAAGUUAUUGCGAUGCCUAUCCAAAACUGCGCCGAACGGUGCGAACAACAAUGGCCUCAUGCAACCUGCGUACCCUCCCCAUCCGCAGCCGCCUCCAUAUCCGGCCACGCCUAGCGUUUCGUCCGCACUAAACUCUGGGCAAUAUCCUCAUACGCAUUCCACCGCCAAUACUACCGCCACCGCCGCGAUCGCUGCGUCUACCGCACAACCGCCUAGCACAGACCAAACGGACAGCGCGAUGCAACCGCAGAAAUUUGUCGAUGCUCGUUGGCGAAUAGACGAGCGGGACCUUGAAAUCCGAGAGAACAUUGGCAAAGGAGAAUUUGGAGACGUGAUGCUUGGAAUAUUAAACGGCACGCAAAAGGUUGCAGUUAAAAUAUUGAAGGACCGCGAAGCCGCUAGCAAAUUUCGUGCGGAAGCCAGUGUAAUGGCGUCGUUAAAGCACGAGAACCUGGUGCGUCUCCUGGGUCUGGUGUUCAGCAGUAACGGUAACACGUGCAUAGUGACGGAGCACUGCGCGCAGGGCUCGCUGCUCGACUACCUGCGCAGUAGGGGCAGGCACUACGUCACGCAGCUGGACCAGAUCAACUUCGCAUAUGACGCAUGUUGCGGCAUGGAAUACCUGGAGCGCAUGCGCGUAGUUCACCGCGACUUGGCCGCGCGCAACGUGCUCAUCUCCCAGGAGGGUACUGCCAAGGUGGCUGACUUUGGGCUCGCGCGCCACGACCACGGCCACGACGACCCCGCCGACGCGCUGCGGCUGCAGGCCAAGCUGCCUAUCAAGUGGACCGCCCCCGAGGCGCUCAAGUACAACAAAUUUUCAAAUAAGUCUGAUAUGUGGAGCUUCGGUAUACUACUAUGGGAGAUUUAUUCUUUCGGGAGAGUGCCAUAUCCGAGAAUCCCGCUGGCCGAGGUGGUGCGGCACGUGGAGCGCGGGUACCGCAUGGAGGCGCCGGAGGGCUGUCCCGCCGGCCCGUACGAUCUGAUGCGCGCCGCCUGGCACGCUGACCCCGCGCAGCGCCCCACCUUUCAGCACGCGCGCCGCGCGCUCGCCGCCAUCCGCGACGCUCCGCCCGCUUAGUGUGAACGUUAAUCGUAGACGUCUUGUGGGUGCUUUAUGAUGGUUUCACUAAAAUCUAUAACAUACAUAGAUUACUGAGCUGUAUUUUACGAAUCACUCUACAUGCAUCUAAAAGUGAGUACUAAAUUAAAUAUGUAUUAUGUGACACUUCCGCUACUGAAGUAUUGUUCUUUUCUAGUAUAUUCGGAUAGUGUACAAAGAUGUGUAGUAGAAAAAAAAGAUUUUCCAUAUUGAUGAAACAUCAUACGGGGCUUUUAGUGAAGUGCGCUUUGUAAAAAUAGUUCCUGAUCUUAUUAGUAUAUAAUUUUAUGAGGAUGUAAACGAUUGUUUAGUAGUCCGUACUGCGACAAUAUGACAGGCAAGAGGCCACAUUUGUUGUCUUUUUAACCGAUUCAUAAAAGGGGAGGUAUCUUCUAAUUACUCCUUUCAUGGUUGUUAGUUUCUAUCAAAAACUUGAUAAAAAAAUACUUUUUCAACAUUAUGAUAAUAAUUUCUAAAUGUACCAAUAAUAGUGUCACUAAGCUAAAUUUGUGGUUUGCCAGCAAAACUUUUAUCACUAAUAAUUGCCUGGCGUGUUUUCGUAGCUCGGACUUUACUUUAAAAGUAAAUGAAUUGAAUGUUCAAAUAGAUAAGUAUCUAUAAGUUAGUAAGUAAACCAGUGAUAUUUUCAAAUUAUUAUCUUAAAAUCUAUUUUAAGAAUAUACAUUUUGCGUAGAUCCAACCCAUAUGAUCUUUGACAAAAGAAUAUAAACAAAUAUCCGACGAGGCUAUUUCAUUAAACGCCCCGUAUCAUCUAGGUCUAAACUUAAACGAAUUUCUCUUAUAAAAUGUUUUUAAAAAUCCACCCAAUAUGGCCAAUAGCCGUACGUCGGUACUAUGGUACUGUCUAGUCAAAGUAAAGUUUGUAAUAUUCGUUGUAUUAGAACAUAAUUAUUAUUUUCAUAUUAUUUAAAAGGAGUAAGGUGACUGAUAAAAUGUAAACGUAAAAUUUUAAAAUGAACAAGAAACUGAAUUCUGCUAUUAGUAAUUAUUUUUUAUUUAUCCAUCGAAAGCUGAUUUCAAUAAUGCAUUUUGAUAUUCGAACAAAAUCAUGAUUUGUUUCAAUGACAUUUCUGAAACCGGGUGACACUUAUUAUUAAUACGUUUUAAAAAGUAUUUUCACUUUAUGUACUAAAUUAUCAUCAGCCCUACGAAAAAAAUCAGUAUCAGAAAAUGAGAUCAUAAUUUGACGUCUAGCACAGACUGACAUCGACAUCAUUGCAGGAAAGUAUUAAAGUUCAUGAAAAAAUGUUUUAAUGACGAGAAAAGCUUUUUUGCCUCAUAACUCUGAAAAAAUCUACAUGAAAUUCUAUAAAUAAAUAUUAUCAUGCCCUGUAAUUCUUAAGUCUAUAAACUUUAUAUUGGGAUGAACCACACAAUGGUUGUGCAAAAGCAGCUUAAUUUGAUUGUGAAAAAUUAGUUCAAUCCCCUAAUAUGGACUUCAAAGUCUGAUCUAGUUUAAAAAUCAUUGCAUUUUGGCUAAUGUGUUAUUAGCAUUGACUGUAAUGCGUUAAAAUUGCACUCCAUUUUAUAUUAUGUGAUUAGAUGUAACAAGGAAUUAAGUGGUAAAUUCCAACUUCAGGUUGUGUGUGUUAAUAAACAAAUAAAAAUUACUAUUAAUAGUUACAAUUGAAAUAUUAAAAAAUGUACUAGGUAAAUCAACAUGACAAUCUUUUUUAUUUGCCACUGCCACGGCACAUCGCUACAACAACAAAUAGUAACAAAACUGUUUAAAAAUGUGUACGUGCAUUUUGUAAAGAAUCUGCAGAGAUAAAUGAAGCAUAAGAAAUAAAGUAGAGGCACCAGGUCGUUACCCAAAAACUUUCACAUUUCUCCAUAUGACUUUCAGCUUUAUAUUGCUUGAUAUAAGAUUCACAAGAUAUUACGAAAAUUUGUCAUCUGUAACUCGAUAUGUGGCCGUUUGUACCUAACUUUAAGUUCAAAGUAUUUAUAACAUUUUAAAAAUCCAGAGUACAAUUUAUUAAACACAUAUUUCCUCAUAUCGACACACGCUACGCAAAACAGUUUAUCUGCCCGAUACACGAAAAAGUUUUAUUGUGUUAAUCUAUAUGCAUAUUAGUUUACCAUGUUAAUAAAUAUCUCUUAUAUUUUCACUCAUUAGAGUAAAACAUUUUUCUGAAUAAUUAAAUCUCUAUCUACUUUAAUUAUGUAGUAUCAUUCUUACAAAGAAUUAUGUAUGUGUUGUAUGUAGAUUAUGAGAUUCUGAGUAGCCCAAAUCACGUAACUAUCACUUCGCAGAAUGCGUGAGCCAUAAAACAAACCCUUGUAGCUUGAAAUUAAAAUUGUUUUCAAUAUACGUAUUUAAGUUAUAUGUGUAAUUUUUUCACGUAUUAUCAAGUAAUAACUCCAUUUCUAACAAGAGAGAUAUUAUAAUUUAUUUAGUUAUAUCAUUAGCUAAUAAAUGGUCAUUGGUCAAGUAUAUAAUUCAUUAUUCUGGUUAUGCGUAGAGUGUGGCAACAUUAUUAUUAUGUUUAACGAUAUCGUGGCAGCAGUAAGUAAUAUUAGAAUCAUAAUGAAUCUCAAAUAACGAGGUGUGAAUAAAAUUUAUAUUCAAUUUUAAGGAGGUGUAAUUUAUGUACGGUAUUACCUACACGUGUUUUCGAUGUAGUCGUCAAAGCACAGAAAUAUAAAAUACAAAAAUUAUAUUUUUCGUUUCUAAUUUUAAAGGAGAAAAGGUAUGGUUUAAUGUUGUCUUAUGAUGCUGGAAUAGUGUGUUUAGCGUAAGUAACUAUAAAGAUUGUCUAAUAUAUAUUUUUAAGAAUGUCUAUUUAUAUGUACAUAUAUCUUUCUAUAAUGAUAAGAGUUCAUUAAGAUGUUUGUUUUAUCAUGUCCGGUUCCUUUAUUUGUGAAACGACUCGAUUUGAUAUUAACAUGAAAAGAACGUUCUCUAAUGAUAACAAAGCCACUUUAAAAGUACAUUAUACUACAUUUGUGCCAGCAGUACUUGCUGGCACAAAUGUAGUAUAAUGUACUUGAAUUACAAAGUACUAACAUUGAACACGAGGCUAGAUCCUUGAUUUAUAUUUAAAAUCUAUAUGUCUACCUAUAUGACUGUUAUGACACAUUCUCAUUAACAGAAAUCUCCCACACUUUCGUCUUAGUGGUUCUGGUUUACCUCGGGAAUAGGGGAAUAGUAUUCGUUCUGGGUGCAUCGUGCGUGAAUGAUUAAAAAAGCGUUUGUAAAUGCGGUAGAAAAUGUAUACUGUUUUAAAGCAUUCUCGCUGGUUGCUACUUACGAAGUCAUUGUCGAAUCAUAAGAUGCAGUAACCGGACAGUCAGUUGAAGCUUAUGAGACAACAUUGUGAUUUUUUCAUUUUUUUUAAAGUGUUUCAAAGACUUAGGUAUAUUCUGAAAGAAAUGUCCGUUUGUGUAACGUAUUCUUAUGCAAUACUAGUUUUAAGUGUUGAAUUGUUUUUACGAAUUAUUUAUGUACGUACCACUUGAAAAUUGAUUAGAAAUGAUUUAUUGAUUAAUUUCAUUUCUUUUCUGUGAAAGUUUAUUUUGAAAUUAAUCACCUCAUUGUUUUCAUUUGUCUUCCUAAUUUUUUCUAUUGUAUGUUCGUAAAUAUUACAGAGUCGCACAACGGCGCACUAGUCUAGGAUGAGUUUAGUUCAGUGAACCGCUAUGCAUUAUUGUUUUAAUGGUAUGUUGUUGUUUUAACAUUGUUCUUGAAAUAAAGAAAUGAAAAUCUCAUCUACUAAUAAAAAAAAAUAUGUUUUUUACUGCUGUAUUAUAUUUCUCGUAUGUUCUUCAAUGUAAAUACGUGUAUGUUAAGGGAUAAAUUGUAUAAUAACAAAAUAUAAUUCCGAAACAAUAAUUUUGUUUUAAUUUUCGAAUUAUUCAUGACGGUCUGUGUCUGCUUCUGAGCAGCAACAGGAAGCCGAGCUGCAAUCGGUCUCGAACACUCCCAAUAUCUUCUCAGAAGUUUUUAUGUCUGCAGGAUUCUGUCGUGAUAAAGACUUGGGAAACCAUAACUCGGUUUUUAAAUCAUCUUUACUCACCAUUCGCUCAAGCCCGCUUGUGAAGCAACUUGUGCUACAGUUUGAUGGCGAUGUUUGUGUUUUACGUUCCUCCGCAUUGCAAUUACUCGCCUGAUCAGUGUAAGUAGUCACCGACUUGUCUGUCGUACAAGGUUCCCUGCACUCACAUUCAACGUUGCUGGUUAUUUUAACUGGCGAUCUCUGUUCUUUAUGCUUCUUAUAUUUAAAUCCGGUCUUCUUUUUGCGUAUUUUUGUAUUAGAAUCUUUACCGCUCGACAUGGAGGCAUCACUGCGUUUGUUAUGUACUUGAUAACAUUUGCAUUCAUCUACGAACUCUCUUUCUGGCUGUAUAACAUUUUUGUUAGAAUUAUUCGAACAAUUGCAAGGUUUGGCACAUACAGUUUGACAAACAGUGGGAUUCUCUGCGGGUGUAUCCGUUUGUGCAGAUGCAUAUUCUGUUAUUGAUGUGGGACGCCACUCACAUUGACGCAACCGUGGAGAAAAAUAAUGAAGAUCUGUUGUCGACGACCAACCGUCGUUAUGAAACUAAAAAUUUAAAAUCGUAAUUUUCUAUCUUUAUUAGAUAUGAAUUCAAAUCAAUCAAUCUCGGUCGUGAUCAUAAUAACAUACUACUAUGGUUAUCUACCUUCAGUUGAAAGGGCAUGGUCGUGUCACCAAACAUAUAUGGUUUUGAAAAAAGUCCGUUGUUGUUUUGACAUUGCUGACUGAAUAAGGCCGAUGACAUCCUGAAGUAAAGAUACAAUUAAUUUUAAACAAUAUUGCACGAUGCUAUAUAUGUAAGGAUAUAUAAACACGAGGCGCAACAAAUUACCCCACCCCACCUGAUGUUAAGUGUAAGUGCGAAGAUACACGAUGCGACAAAAAGUGUGCUGCUCCAGCCAUCCUCACCUUGUCAGCCUCAAUCCCUCUACCCCGCGGAGCUCAGCACCAGCAGAAACACAACACCAUCAAAAGGUAGUGUAAUACCCCUGCAUGUGAAAAAACCUUUACAUGUAGGGGUAUUACAGGUUUUUUCACAUGCACGAAUGUGCAUGCAAUGCAUAUGGUGUGGGAAGUAGCGAGGAAAGGAGGCAGGGACGUAGUGAGGCAACUUACUCGUCAUGUCGCAUGUCAUGCCCACUCCCCAUUUUCUUGGUUUUUGCUUUGUAUCACAUUGAUAUAAUUGGCUAUCUAAAAAUGCAUAGCGCACAUAUUGCCACAAUGACAUCGUCCAUCGUAUAGCAAAGGCAAUGACCAAGUGUGGAGUUUCGCCAUUAAUUCCGCGAGCAGUGUGUGGUCAGAGAGAGCAACAUCGCGGCAGCACGAGCAACGCAAGCAGCAUAGUGUGGCGGGACUAUAAGCUGGUGUAGGAUUAUGGGGUAGGUAGAGCGCAAGUAUUCCAUUACCUUUUUCGCAGGUAACAGUUGCUAGAAAAAAUAGCAGGGUUGACAUUUAUUCUGCAUGGAGGAGUACAUAGUAAAAUUUAUUUAUGUAUUUAAUAAAACUGCCAUCCCAUUCACUCUUAUAUCACACCAAUAUGCCUAACAAACAAUAUCGUAUUUCCAUACUUUACAAAAUACUUACGGAUUUGAAAUGCUUCUAACAUAGAACAUUCCGCUUGCGUUAUUCCAGUAGGGGUGGUGCGUGUGAAGAUUAGGAUCACAAAAUGGUGUAUUGCGCUUGUUAGUGGGUAUGAAGUAAAAGUGUACACUCCCAUCAGGAUAGAUCACUGAAGCUACUUCACCUUCUCCUAUUAUUUCAGGGUACAUAGUGCG